UUGCAAGUCCUCUUACGGACAGUAUGGGACGAGAUUAUGCUGCCCAUCGUCAUCGCCCUCCAGUGUGACCUCAGAGUAACAAGCCGCUCUCGAAUCUGGCUGUGCCCAACUGCAGCCUUCACUUCCAUUCCUCUCCACGCAGCUCACCCCUUCGAA